AUGAAUGCGAAUCGAACAUCUGUUGAUGAUUGUCUUACGAUGAUAAAUUUCGACCGAAAGAAAAUGAAUGAGAACAAUGAUAAUGACAAUGAACGUAAUGAAUUUCCAUUUGGUGGUCUCUUUCGUCCAGUGGAAAAGAUCUUUGCUGAUUUCGAUAGAUUCUUCGCUGGUUUGCCACCUGUAUUUUCUAUCCCAUCACAAGAAUUCAGCAACGAAAGUUCUCAGCGGCCGUAA